ACCCUAGCUUCUCACUUCUCUAACAUACGAACGGAAAGAUCAGAAUCGGUAGCAAUGGGGAAAACAUGGGACAGCGAGACCGGGGAAUCAUUGUCGAGCUCCAGUUCAUCUGGCUUGGGGAAUCAAUUUCGAGGUAGUUGGUUGGCGCGCCCAAAGCUUUGUAAGCAUGGCUUGGCCUCAUUGAGGACUUCACACACGCCAUUGAACCCUAUGCGUCGUUUCCACUGCUGCAGUCGAAGGGGGACUAACGAAGAUUGUCACUUUUGGGAAUGGCUUGAUCCUGAGUUGUCUGACCACUACAAAGAGUGCAUUUCAAAACUGAAGCUACAAAUUGUUAGGGCCGAGGAGGAGCGGGACCAAGCUAUAAUGGCGGGGAAUUUGAGUCGUGGAAGGUUGGAAUCUCGACUAUCUGAAUUCGAUUCUGCCGCAUUUGAGGUUGAUUUACUGAAGGCGAAGAAUGACGAGCUAGAACACAUUGUCCGACCUCAAGCUAUGAAGCUUCGUACCACCAAAUGGCUAUUCUGCGUUGUGGCUGUCUUGUUUUCUAUUCUCUGGCUCAUGAAGUGAAGAAGUUGGUUUCUUAAGUUUUGAGAUAGGUUCCUUUUGUAAUAGACUAAGGUUGUAAUGGUUUAGAUAAGGCCAAGACUGAAAAAUCUAAUAUUUGUUCUGUGUACUAUUUGUAGGCCUCCCCCAUCAUUAAGCUGCGUAAUUAUGAUGGAAGACAUAUAAUGUCUUUGUUUUGGAAAUGAAAUUAGUGUGA